UUGCCUUUCUUUAUUCGAUUCUGUUUGGUUCUUUGGUGUUAUUCUUACCAUCGCUGAUCAAGUAUAUAUAUACUUAGAGACACAGAGAGAGUAUUUAUUUGUUCGGGGUAACAAUGGGCCUUUGCAUCGGUGCUGUUGGGGCGUGAGGGAGCGCCUCUCUCUCUUUCUCUCCCGUAUAAAGAGAACGAUUUGGGACUCGACUUGGUUGGUGUCUCUCUCUGUCUCUCUCUUUCUCUCUAAUUGGUCGAGGGUGUUGGAGAAAAGAGAUGCAGGAGAGAGGGAGGAGGAGGAGGAGGGGGUGCUGCCCAAGAGUGAGUUUGACGAAGGGAAGGGUAGAAGAAAAUAGGAAGAGGGUGCUGGCCUAUAGCCAAGGUUUCCGGUGUAAGCGCCGGAGAACGGUGCCACAGAGCGAGAGAAGGGAAGAUUUCUUCGAACAAUUGCCCGAUGAUCUCGUUCUCUGCAUACUCUCAAAGCUCAGUUCCCGAGCGUCGUCGCCGGGGGAUUUCGUCAACGUUCUUGCAACGUGUAAGAGAUUGAAUGGGUUGGGGAUGCAACCCGUCGUUCUGGGGAGGGCUUCGCCGGGAGCUCUGUCGGUGAGGGCGUCGAGGUGGACGGAAUCGGCUCACAGGUUCCUCAAGAGGUGCGCCGACGCUGGGAAUGUCGAGGCCUGCUUUAUCCUGGGCAUGAUUCGGUUUUACUGCCUCGAGUCCCGCGGGAGCGGCGCCUCGCUUAUGGCGAAGGCCGCGAUUGCGUCUCAUGCCCCUGCUCUCUACUCGCUGGCAGUCAUCCAAUUCAACGGCAGCGGCGGCACAAAGAACGACAAGGACCUCCGCGCCGGCGUUGCUCUCUGCGCCCGCGCCGCCUCCCUCGGCCACAUCGACGCCCUCCGCGAGUUCGGCCACUGCCUCCAGGACGGAUACGGCGUCCGCCAGAACGUUGCCGAGGGCCGCCGCUUCCUCCUCCAGGCCAACGCCCGCGAGCUCGCGUCCGUUCUCUCCGGCGGUUGCUGCGCCUGGCGCCUCCCUGCUUUUCCUUCCCACCGCCACCGGCCGAGGUGCGACCCGGCGAGGUUCCGACCGUGGCUUGCAGGACUCAUCGAGAGCCGUUGGCAGUUGGCAGGCUGCCCUCUCCUCAGCGACUUCGGGUGCAACGUCCCGGCUCCCGAGCCCCACCCUGCCAACCGGUUCCUACUCGAGUGGUUCGCCGACCGGCCUCCGGAAGGCAGCCUCCGGCUGUGUUCUCACGAAACCUGCGGGAGGCCGGAGACUAGGAAGCACGAGUUCAGGCGGUGCUCCGUCUGCGGGAACGUUAACUACUGCUCUCGGGCUUGCCAGGCGCUCGAUUGGAAGGUACGACAUAAACACUACUGCUUUCCCCUCGAUCGGUGGGACGAGGAGGAAGAGGAAGAAGGUGGUGGUGACGAAGAAGGUGAAGAAGAGGAGGAGGAAGAAGCAGAAGGGAAUGUGGAGGAACAGUACAGUGAGGAAUUCAUGGAGACUGAUGGUAGCAUUUAGAAGAGAGAGAGAGAGAGGCAGCAGGAGACUGGAAGGAUUGUACAGUGGUGUUUGUUCCUUUUUUUUUUUUUUUCCAUCCCCCUCUGUUUUUUUCUCUUCUGGUCAUCCUGCUUCCCGUUUUUCUUUAGAAAUCUGAGAGAUGAAGUUUCUCUCCUUCUUGUAACGUAAGAGUAAAGAGUAAAACCGGCGAAAAGGAAAGGUAAAAAUUUGUUUUU